GCCGCUCCCGGUCCUCGCCUGCACGGCCGCUCCCAUCGCCAUGGACGCCCCCGCCCGCCGCGCCCGGUGCCCCCUCCGCCCGCGCCCCCUCCUCCUCCUCCCCCUCCUCCUCGGAGCCUCCCUGGCCGCCUCCCCCCCGUCGGCCGCCGCCCGGCUGGGCUGCUGGUUCGUGGAGGAGGCGGGCGGCGGCCGCGGCGGGGCCGGCUCCGUCAUGCCCAGCGACCUCAGCCAGCGCCGCGCUCUGCUCGUCCUGCCGCCGCCCGGGCAGCGCCUGCCCGAAGCCGCCCUGGAGCCGGAGCUGCCCGCCGAGGUGGAGGCCGGCCUGGCCUUCCAGCUGCUGGACCCCUCCGGCACCCUCUGGAGCGGCAAGGAGGCCGGCGCGCGUCCCCGCUGGCAGGGCUCCCGUCUGCCGGGCCGCGGAGGGGCCGAGGCCGCCUGCGAGAUCAACCCCUACCCGCCGCGGGAGGCGCACGUGCCCUGGGCGGCGGGGCUGGCGGGGCGGACGGGCUCCCCCCGAUGCCUGGAGGGCCGCUGGGUCAUCGCCACCAUCCAGAGCCCCGAGGCGGGCUUCGGCGUCAGCACCAUCCUGCACCAGGAGGGGCCGUUGCCCGGGAAACCGCAGACUCCCAGGGUCGCCGUGGCAACAGCCGUCCUCUCCGUCUUCACCCGGACGCCCCGCCUGGAGUCCCGCCUGGGGAAUGACGUCCUGCUGGACUGCGGCUUCUCGGCUCCCCCCACGGCCUUCUCGGUCGAGUGGCGCCACCAGCACAGCGGGGCCGGCCGGGUGAUCCUGGCCUACAACGGGGCCGCCCAGCGCGUCACGGUGUCCGAGGAGGGCGCCCGGCUCUUCCUGGACCAGGCGGGCGGCAACGUCUCGCUGCAGCUGCAGACGGCCCAGGUGCGCCACGAGGGCACCUACAUCUGCUCCGUCUACCUGCCCCAGCUGCAGGCCCAGCAGGCCGUGGAGCUCAGGAUCGUGCAGCCGCCCAAGGUCACCCUCCGCCCGAUCCCCCUCCCGGUGCCCCUGGACACCCACACGGACCUGGCCUGUGAGGUGGCCGGCUAUUACCCGCAGAGCAUCUCCGUGGUCUGGAAGUGGCGCAGCCCCGGUGCCCCCCACCAGGCCCUCCUGGACACCUGGGAAUCGGGGCACCGGCAGGCGCCAGACGGCACCCACAGCUUCACCAGCUUCGCCCGCCUGCCAGCCCUCCAGCCGGGGGACCAGGGGGGCUCAUACAGCUGCCACGUGAGCCACGUGGGGCUGGGCCAGGAGGGGCUACAGAAGACCAUGAAGCUGAACGUGGCAGGGUCUUCGCUCCCCUCCGUGGAGGACGCCAUUGGCCUCUUCCUAGUCACUUUCCUGCUGCUGGGCUGCCUGCAGAUGCUUUCCCAGCGAGUCUUCGGAGAGAAGAAGGAGACGGCCGAGCCGAGCGCCCAGGGCCCUCCUCCGCCCGAAGACCCUCCGGCCGCGGCUUCUCCGCCCGAGCAGGGCCAGGGGGCCGGCAAGCGGAAGCCCUCUGGAGCCGGGUCCUCGUCGCCGGAGCCCACCCCGAAGUGACCGUCCUGCCGGGGGGUGGAGCCUCCCUCUGGAUCCUCCCGGAAGGGCUGCAGAUGAACGGGGUGGGGUGUUGGGAGCCCCCCCUUCCCCCUGUGGAUCUUAGUUGGCAAUUGGGGAGGGGAUGCUGAAUUUGCUUAGAGUGCCUGUCUGACCUUCCCGCCUGUUCCCUCUCCCUCCCACCCCCUUGGCAAGAUGGGGGGCCUCCCUACCUGUUCCCGGGGCCCCUGGGAGGGUCGGGGCCCUGCCCUCGCUUCUCCCCCCGGACGGCUUCCAGAGCAGGGUCCUGUGUGGCCGGCCUCGUGCAGACCCCCUCCAAGUGCUGGAUUGGGGGGGCUCUUAGAAUAACGGAGCCAGCCUGGCCUGCUCUGGGCCCCCAGGGGGGAGGCCUUGAAAAGCCCGCCGAGUUCCCCCCCCCGCAUAUGUUGGUUCCCCCUGCAGUGUGAGCCCCUUUCCUAGUACUGAAGGGGCUCCCUUAGUUGGGGUGGGGGGACUUUUCUGCCGCCCCCCCCCAGAACUGCAAGACCGACUUGGCCAGGGGUUGGUCACGCAACCGAAGUGUGUGGCUUCCUGUCCUCGUGGAGCCCUGCGUGCCAAUCGAUCCCAGGAAGAUGCUUUGGGAGGGGGUAAGCAGCCCCCCCCCAUUGCAGGCUGCCAGGCAUGGAGGAGACCCCGGCCAAAAGGAGACAGGAGCCCCCCUGCACCCUCUCGUCCCCCGGAAGAUCCGGUCCUGUCAGCAACCGAAGAAUUUUCCUGUGGUGCCACUACCCACACAGACCAUCCCCCCUCCCAAGGUGGUGGGGCUCCUGGCCGCUGCCCCCUGGGCCGCAGGGUGCUACUCCCCCAUCCCAUGCCUGUUGGGGUUCGCCUGCUGUCGAUUGUUGGCUGCUUCCCUUGCUCUGCGCAUCGGCUUAUAAAGAUUUCCUUUUCUA